GCCAGAGCGAGGGGCAGAAAUGCUGCCGUGAGCAGAGCGGGGAUAAUCCGGCCUCUGAGCCCCAGCAAGGGCUUUCCUCCAAUUCACCCGCAGACAGGUUCACUGGCCUUCCUGGGGCUGUACCUCAUGUUCGGCUAUGGCGCCUCGCUGAUCUGCAACCUCAUCGGCUUCAUCUACCCCGCAUACGUCUCCAUCAAAGCCAUCGAGAGCUCCAACAAGGCGGAUGACACCAUGUGGCUGACGUACUGGGUGGUGUACGGCUUCUUCAGCAUAGCCGAGUCCUUCUCCGACAUCUUCCUCUACUGGUUCCCCUUCUACUACGCUGGGAAGUGCCUGUUCCUGGUGUGGUGCAUGGCCCCCAUCACCUGGAACGGGUCGCAGGUGCUCUACCAGAACGUCAUCCGGCCCUGCUUCCUCAGGCACCACGAGACCGUGGACAAAGUGCUGGGCAACCUCAGCACCCAAGCCCUGGACACGGCUUCCAGCGUCACCCGAGAAGUCCUGCACACCCUCAUCAGCAGCAGAGCCCGGCUGGCGGCCGAGGUGGCACCACAGCUCAGCAUCUCUCCUCCAGAACACCCCUGAAGCUGAAAGAUAUAAUGGAGAAGAACGAGUGAGAAGGGUCCCCAGUCUCCCCAGUGACCCCAGGACUGGGGCCUAGGCCUGGGCCUGGGGCCGGGCCUGGGCCUCGCUCGGCCGGGUCCCCAGCCUAGCGAGGCCCAGGCCCAACCCCAGGCCCCACAGCUCCUCCCGCCCCUCCCCAAUAAACCCCCGGUG